AUGGCAUCGCAAGCAGAUCCCGCGACAGCAGAGACCAAGGUGUCCAAAGACCUGCAUGACGAGACUGCCAAGCAAGAUGUUAGCGCAGGUAUCAUAGUGCCUACGCUGGCAGAGGGCGACAUGCCUGAGACAACCAAGAAGGAGAUCUGGUCGUGGUACGCGUACUACAUUGGUUCAAAUGGACUCGCCUUGUUCAAUUUUGGACCGACUGCUUUCCAGAAUCUGCUGUCGCAGGCGGCGCCCAGUGAUACUGGCCUUUUACCAUUUGCGGGUCGCGCACGAGACGUCAACAGCAUUGUCCUACUUGCCAAUGGCAUAUCUUUCGCCAUCCAGGCUGUUCUCUUUCUCAUUAUUGGAGCCUACGCAGAUUUCGGAACUGGUCGACGAUGGAUUCUUCUGGUCUGGUCAAUCGUCGCAUAUGGCAUCGGCUUUGCCUGGCUGGGGGUCCAUGAUCCCAGCAAGUGGCAAACUGGCACAGCUCUUUACAUCGUCGGCUUGAUAGCAUAUCAGAUGACUUUGACUUACUGGACCGCUGCGUUUCCCUCUCUCGCCAGAAACACUCCGCAGCUGAAAGAAGCUGCCCUCCAGUUCGAGUCUGGAGAAAUCACCCAAAGCGAGAUGGAUCGCAAAGAUGAGAUGGAGAGGAGCAGGCUCAGCAACGUUGCCUUCUAUAUCCAGUCUGUUGGCGAAGUAGUUAUUCUAGCCAUUAUCGUGGGCAUCAUGUUUGGUGUCAAAGUCGACAAGAGUGCCGAAAACAACAACUGGGGUCUGUCUGUUUUGAUUGCUUUCGCUACUGCUUGUUGGCUUGUCCUCUCAAUUCCCUGGUUCAUAUUCGAGAAGAAACGACCAGGAAUGAAGGUCCCGGAUCAUUUGAACAUGAUUACCGUCGGAUUCUGGCAGCUUUGGGAGGCCCUCACUCAAAUCUGGCAACUGAAGCAGAGCUUGAUCUAUCUUGUUGGAUACUUCCUCCUGGGAGAUUCUCUAAACACCACCGUCACGGUUAUCGGCACCCUUCAGAACCAGGUUGUCAGCUACGAGACUCUCACUUUGACGUACCUCCUCAUCGUCGGUAUUGUCGCUCAAGCUAUCGGCAUUGGCGCCUUUUGGCUCAUCCAGAAACACUUCAACCUCAGUGUCAAGGCCAUGUUCAACGCCGUCAUGGUCUUUAUCAUCCUUCUCGACGGCUGGGGCAUGAUUGGCAACUGGACCGAUAAGUUUGGCUUCAAGAACGUCUGGGAGAUCUGGCUGUAUCAGGCUUUCUAUGGACUAUUUGUCUGUCCCUGGUACAGUUACUCGCAGAUCAUGAUCAGCUCCGUCACACCUCGAGGACACGAGUUUCUUUUCUUCUCCCUGUUCAACAUCAUCGGCAAAUCGUCCAGUUUCAUCGGACCCUUCAUCAGCAGUGCUAUCAUUGAUGCUACCCCCGGUGGUACCAACAAUAGUGCUCCCUUUUACUUCCUGUUUGCUUUGAGCUUGGUCAGUGCUAUUGGAAUCUGGUCUUUCCUCGAUCUUGAGAAGAGUGCGCGGGAGCAAGAGUUGUUUAUUAUUCAAGAGAAGAUACGCAUGGGUGAGGAGUCAGAAGCAAGCAAUAUUGCGUAA